AUGGAGCGCGGUGAAUAUCACCAUGCGUCGCAAUUCGAUGGCCCUCCGCGCCCGCGACCGAAACGCCCGGUGACAGAUUAUGGUUCAACAACAGUUCAAUGGAUGCGCAAUCGCCGACCUCGCUAUAAGAAUGUCGCGGCACCAGAGGUCGAGAGACCAAGCGCAAGCUAUAUCGUUGAUAUGGAACCUCCUGCAGGUCGGAUCACCAGUGCCGCGGAGUCUAUCCCGGCCAAAGCCCUACAUUCUUCCCUAAAUAAAGUCAAACACCCCAUCAACGUUGUGAAAUGGACCCCCGAGGGUCGUCGACUUUUGACCGGAUCUACGAGUGGAGAGUUUACAUUGUGGAAUGGCAUGGGCUUCAACUUUGAAACCAUCAUGCAGGCGCACGAGUCGGCCAUCCGCUGUGUUGCCUAUACCCAUACGGAUGAUUGGUUGCUAUCGGCAGAUCAGACGGGCAUAGUCAAGUACUGGCAGACGAACUUCAACAAUGUGAAGGAAGUUCAGGCGCAUACCGAAGCGGUACGAGGCCUAGCAAUAGCACCUACAGAUUCAAAAUUCGUGACGUGCGCGGACGACACCACGCUGAAGAUAUGGGAUUUUGCUACCAGCGCGGAGGAGGCAACGCUGACAGGCCACGGUUGGGAGGCGAAGUCUGUGGACUGGCAUCCGAGUAAGGGGCUGCUUGUGUCCGGAUCGAAAGAUCAUCAAGUCAAGCUUUGGGAUCCUAGGACUGGACGCUGUUUGACUACGUUGCAUGGCCAUAAAAACCCAAUAUCAAAGACAAUGUUCGAGCCAGUCCAGGGCAACCUACUCGCCACAUGUGCGCGUGAUCAUACCGCUCGAAUAUUUGAUCUGAGAAUGAUGCGCGACGUCUUGCUUCUUCGUGGGCACGAGAAAGACGUUAUAACGAUGGCCUGGCACCCAAUUCAUAAGAAUCUGUUGUCCACCGGUGGUGUAGAUGGCAGCAUCAAUCAUUAUCUACUCGAUGAGCAGAACCCACCUCAAGGAGUUGCACCCUCGGUCUCACCGUACGACGAUCCCGAUCCUCAGAAUGCUCCUGCACAAACCAUCUACCCGGCACACAGUCUCCCCUACGCCCACGACUUCACCGUCUGGACACUUGACUGGCAUCCUCUUGGGCAUUUGCUCGCAUCCGGCUCAAACGACCGCGUCACUCGCUUCUGGGCGCGUCCACGUCCCGGUGAUACCAAUUUCGUCAAUGAUCGAUACCAUAUCGGCCAGGCCGCCGCCGAAGCACAAGGCACGUAUGAUCGCGGCCAAGGCAGAAAACAAAUGCGCGACGAGGAAGAGCAGGAAGCAGAGGAUGAAGCCGAGGGCCUUGUCGACCAGAAGAUGCCAUCUAAGAAUCCGCCGCUGCUGCCACCGGGACUGACUCUUCCUGGCAUCAAUGUGGGCAACGACGGCACCAGCAGCGCUCUUCCAGGCAUUGGCGGCAUCCCUCCACCACCUCCAAAUCUACCCGGUGGCUUUCCACCACCAUUGCCAAUGCCUGCGAAUGGAAUGCCGCCGAUCCCCCCGCAGUUUGCUGGCAUGGAUCCAUCUCGCCUUGCAGAAAUGCUUGCCUCUGGUCAACUUCCGCCAGCCAUGAUACCCCCACCUCCACCCGGUGGUGCAAACGGCCCACCGCCCCCAUUCCCACCCCACAUGCCUCCGAACUUCCCCUUUCCUCCUCCAGGAAUGCCACCACCUCCUCCUGGUUCAAUGCCACCGGGUGGUUUACCGCCAGGAUUUCCUCCACCUGGAUUCCCCGGAUUCCCCUUGCCGCCGCCCAAUAGUGGCACACCUCCCACAAAUGGGCAGAAUGAUAGCGACAGUGCGAGGAGAAGAGCACCUUUGCCGAGCCAGCAGGAAAGUCUGAAAGCUGAGAUGAGGAAGGGACAGUACAGGCGAGCACGGUAG